AUGAAUAAGAUAGUCCUUAUAUUUGGCUUUGGCCCUCGGAUUGGUGCCGGUGUAGCUCGCGCAUUUGCCCGCAAUGGUUACAAAGUUGCUGUGGUUUCUCGCUCAAACAAAGCAAUUGAACCUGGCGACGAUUACUUAUGGAUUCAAGCAGACUUGUCGGAUGCCUUCUCAGUCGAGGGCGUAUUCACUACGGUCAGGAGUAAGCUAGGGAUACCAAGCGUGGUUGUGUAUAAUGCCUUCGUUUAUUCUCUAGAGGGUUUCGAUGAACCAUUAUCCUCUGUAAUCACUGAUACUCAUAUCAACACUUUUUCUGCGUAUGCUGCCGCUCAAUUGGCAGUCAAAGGCUUUGCAGAAUUGCCACCAGAUGCCUCCAAGACGUUCAUUUACACCAGUAAUAAACUGCAUCUGAUGGCAAUGGAGCCCUUACUUUCCUUUGGAAUGGGAAAAUCGGCAUCCGCACAUAUGAUUCACUAUCUAUCGGAAGUGUAUAAAUCCGCUGGUUAUAAGUUCUACCACACCGAUCAGCGUGAACCAGAUGGGACGCCCAGAUACGCCAAUCCCAGCCCCGAAGCUCAUGGCGAACACUACCUUAGGUUGGCAGAACAAAAAGAUCAAGGGAACUGGAACAAUACCUUUGUCGAAGGAGGUAAAGGCUACGUCAAGUUUGAUGAAUCCCUUACAUUCGGCGGUCGUUUUCCAGGUUGA